AUGUCUCAACAGCAACCGUCUGGCUGGAAUAAUUUUUUUCAUAGAGAUCAAGGUUAUGAUACAACCUAUAACAAUAAUAAUAAUACGCAAGCUAUGCAAGAACCCACGAGAUUGUCUUUUUUUUCUUAUAAACAAGAACAAGGAUAUAAUAAUAAUGGAGAAACGCGUGAGGUUAUUAGUGACGUAGAGAAAGUACCACAUAAAAAUCCAGGAGAUCCUUCCUUUUGGAAAUCACCGGGAAAUGAAGCAGGAGCAAAGGUUGUUAUGCCAAGUGCACCACCAGAAUCACCUCGUGGCACUACUACUACCUUUGAAAGAGAAAAAGGAGUGGAAAGUGAUGAAGAACUCGCAAGAAGAUUAUAUAAAGAAGAUCAAGAGCAACAUAUGAGAUAUAGUCAAGGUUCUACGAAACCACCUGGUGGGGUAGCCGAAUUUCAACGUCCUGGUGAGGCUGAAAGUUAUUACGCAGCCGUGGGAAAUGGUGGCGGAAGAAGAGAUAGUUCUAAUGUUCAAGUUGGUAUGGGGGCGCAAUUACCAUCCAACACGACUGGACCUAGAUUACAAAAAGCAUACUUGGAUCCCGAUUUGCUUUUAGCAAAAAAAAGAUCAUGGAAACGACCAUAUUUUACUUAUAUUGUUACAUUAUUACAGUUGGCUGUAUUGAUUUAUGAAUUUAUAUAUAAUAAACAAGAAACUGGUAGCGCGAUUCAGGUCAAUCCAUUUAAUAUAUUAAUUGGACCCAAUGCUUCACCCACACUUAUUCAAUUAGGUGCAAGAUUUGUACCAUGUAUGAAACCUGUACCUAUGUUUGAUAAUAAUACGCCAAUUCUAUGUUCAACCGAUCCAACUAAAGAUGUUACUUGUACCGUUGAACAACUUUGUGGUUUUGGAGGGUUCAAGGGUGAUAAACCAAAUCAAUGGUUUAGAUUUAUUACACCAAUCUUUUUACACGGUGGGAUAGUGCACUUCCUGUUUAAUAUGGUUUUUCAAGUGCAAACCGGUAAACAGAUUGAAAUUGAUAUUGGUUGGUUUCGUUAUAGCUUAAUUUAUAUGGCAAGCGGUAUCUUUGGAUUUAUAUUUGGUGGUAAUUUCUCUGAUGCUACUACACCAUCCGUGGGUGCUAGCGGUUCUCUAUUUGGCAUAGUCGGUAUAUUAUUUUUGGAUUUAUUUCAAAAUUGGAAAAUUAUUCGUAAUCCAUGUUUUGAAUUAACUAAGAUGCUUAUCAUGAUAAUAAUUACUUUCGCAAUUGGUUUAUUACCGGCUAUUGAUAACUUUUCUCAUAUCGGUGGUUUUGUUAUGGGAGUAGUAAUGGGUUUGGUGUUAAUCCCUACCAAGAAUUAUAAAAAAAUUACUUGGAUCUUGAGAAUUGUGGCUAUCCCUAUAGCCGCUUUACUAUUUUUCUUGUUAAUUAGAAAUUUUUACGUCGAAGAUCCUACUAAAACUUGUACUUGGUGUAAAUAUUUGGACUGUUUACCUGUUUACGAUUGGUGUGAUACUACUGGGUUGAAAAAUGUAACCAUCAAUAAUCCUUAG